AUGUUGGAGAGGUGAAUGACACAACCUCAGUGGAAGAAGAGGAUUAUGAAGAUUCUGGUGAUAAAACUGAACUGGAGACGGGUUUCUCAGAAAGUGAUUUCAAUGAAUACCUCCAAGGUUGCGCAGAGAUGUUAGAAGAGGAAAGACAAGGAACUUUUGAGGAAGGAAAUGAGUUAUAUUAA